GUCCCUGAAAUGUGCAGUGAGGUCUAAUGCGUUAGCCAUAUGCAACUUCUAAGUUCUGGAAAUGUGGCCAGUGCAGCUGAGGAAUGGGAUUUUAAACUUUAUUUUUAUUGAGGUAAUUUGUAUUGAAGUAGGGCCGUGUGGGAAGCGACUGCUGUACUGGUAAUCCCCGUCUAGCACUCACUUCCACGUUAGGGAGACACUCGACUCGGGAGCAAAUGAAAGUUACUGUCACAAAAAAGGAAAAUGGGGGGAAACAGUUCUAAAUCUAAGACAAAGAUACGGAGAAGGACCAGAAUCCGCACUUCUGGAAACAGUUGGAGACUUUAUUUUACUUUAUUUUAUUCUUUUUUAUUUGGAGGAUAACUGUUUUACAAUGUUGUGCUGGUUUCUGCUGUUGUUUUUUGGUUUGGGUUUGUCUUCUGUUGGGGACUUCAGAAGAUGGCUGGAUCUCACAAGAUGCUGUGAGUGUCACUUGGGACCUGAAUGGUAUGUGUGAGUGGCAUUGGGCUGGGAGUCCUGGUUAGGGCUCACUGAGAAGAUUCUAGAAGGCAGACAGUGAACAUGCCAGGUGGAAAGAGUUUCAGGUAGAGAGCACCGUGGGAGCAAAGGCCCUGAGGUAAGCCUGUAGCUGAUUAUUGGAGGCAGAGAGAGGAGAAGCCCCAUGCCUCUGGAGUACAGUGAGCCAGGGAGACCUGGGGACCUGGAGAUGCCUUUGUUGAGGGGUGAUAGGGAGCCUGGCAGAUUGUGAGCAAGGGAGAUGCUGACCUCAGUUAACAGGCUUGUCAUUUUUACUGUAACUAUCAUUGUUUUCUUGUCACUGCAUCAUUUGGCACAUAGGACCCCUGGGGUCUCAUGCAAAGCCCAGAAGGCCCUCACCGCACCUGCAGCUCCUGUGCCCACCCACUCAGACCCUGGGGCCCAGCACCCAAGGCUGAGGCUCCAGGGUUUCCUGCAACCCCAGGUCAUCCAGCCGUGGCCCCCAUCCCAGAGUACCUGAAUCUGUCCCCAGUGAGCCUGCGUCACUCCACAGCCGUCCUACCCCCACAAUGUCCCCAGGGUCAGUCCUGGACAGAGAGCUGCAGUCCAAAUAUGACCCUCAGAAGGAGGUGGAGCUCCGGAGCUGGAUUGAGGGACUCACUGGCCUCUCUAUUGGCCCAGACUUCCAGAAGGGUCUGAAGGAUGGGAUCAUAUUGUGCACACUCAUGAACAAACUGCAGCCAGGCUCAAUCCCUAAGAUCAACCGCUCCAUGCAGAACUGGCACCAGCUAGAAAACCUCUCCAACUUCAUCAAGGCCAUGGUGAGCUACGGCAUGAAUCCUGUCGACCUGUUCGAGGCUAACGACCUGUUUGAAAGUGGAAACUUGACUCAGGUGCAGGUGUCUCUUCUUGCCCUGGCUGGGAAGGCCAAGACAAAGGGAUUACAGAGUGGUGUGGACAUUGGCGUCAAAUACUCGGAGAAGCAGGAGCGAAACUUUGAUGAUGCCACUAUGAAGGCGGGCCAGUGCGUCAUUGGGCUCCAGAUGGGCACCAACAAAUGUGCCAGCCAGUCCGGCAUGACAGCUUAUGGUACCAGACGGCAUCUGUACGACCCCAAAAACCAUAUCCUGCCCCCCAUGGACCACUCGACCAUCAGCCUCCAGAUGGGCACAAACAAGUGUGCCAGCCAGGUGGGCAUGACGGCUCCAGGGACCCGGCGGCACAUUUACGACACAAAGCUGGGGACAGACAAAUGUGAUAAUUCCUCUAUGUCCCUGCAGAUGGGCUACACACAGGGUGCCAACCAGAGUGGUCAGGUGUUUGGCCUGGGCCGGCAGAUAUACGACCCCAAGUACUGCCCUCAAGGCCCAGUGGCCGAUGGGGCUCCAGCAGCUGCUGGAGAUGGCCCAGGCCCAGGGGAGCCCUCAGAGUGCCCUCCCUACUACCAGGAGGAGGCAGGCUACUGAGACACCCGUGCAGGCCAUCUCCCCACAUCAUUGCCCCAUCUGGGUUUUCGGGUCUUUCUGUGUUUUUUGUCUUGUUUUUCUACAUGUCUGAAUGCUGCCAGGUGAGACUCUGGGGGAAAGGGGUGAAGGCCAUAUCCAGAUGCAUGUGGGGGUUCCCCUUCAGGGCAGCUCUAGGCAUCAGGUUUCCCAGCAGACUUUGGGCCAAGCUGUUAGGGGGAAGAAGAAACCCAGGCAGGGAGGGGAACUGGCCCCAAGUGGUUUCCGGUUACGUCUUCCCUGCUUCUCUUUUUCCUGCCGAUCAGUUUGUGGUUUCUGUACCCACAGAAGUUUCAGGCUGUUUUAAUGAAAUGAAAAUACUUUUUGUUCGGGGGAAUGGUGGCAGGGGGUGGGGGUGGGGGGGAAUGCUGAGAGAAGGUCAAGCCACAGUCCCAAAAUAUUUUAGGCCUCAUGGAUUUCCCUAGGACUCUCAGACCACCAAUCCUGGGCCCUCCCAGGGGCCCAGUGGGGACACUGAGGCCCAAGCAGGACAGUGGAGUUCUGAGUGCUUGAGAUAAAGCCAGCCCCCACCCCCCACACUUGUCCCCACUCCCUCACCAAGUACUGCACAGGGACCCCUACCCAGAGGCCCCCACAGGGACCAGCCCCUGCCCAGGAGCCCUAGGACCAAGAAAUAAUGUGAAAAUACCAACUGUGGACCAAAGUAAAUAAAACCUCUUUUUGGAAAUGAA